GCACCCUCAUUGAUCUAGAAGGCCGGGAUCGGCGCUGCAACGUGCGUGUAACCGGAGGCUGCACGCAUGCGCCGCAAUGUUCGUCAAGCGAUCCUCAACACUCUGUACAUGGCAGCGCAGUAGCGAACGAGAUUCAGAGCCGACCGGCGAUGGCAAUAGCGAUCGAGAGUAGGCACGAGGUCGUAAACAUGAAGUAACGGCAGAAUAGAAUUUAAAACGAAACAUAACUAAAAAAAUUUUUAACCGAAACCCGUUUCACAACAUAAACUAAACCCAUAUGUAUAUACGUGUGUAUGCGCGACGACGAUAUACAUAAGUAUAUAUGUAUGCAGGAGUAAACAAGCCGACCGACCGAGAAACACUGCUGGUUAAGAGAGUGCAAAGCUGAAUCCGAGCCCAGCCAUGAGCUAAAGCCCGAGGUUUCACGGGAUCGACUUGAAGGAGAGUCUGGGCAGUACAUCCCCAAAUGGACAGUGCCAUGCGACAAUGCCACUUCCACCACGGUCCGCGAGCUUUGACGUUUCUUAUACUCUUGAACAUCAUCUGCACACUACCGGACGAAUCCGCGGCUGGGUACAACGAAAAAAAGCUCCUGCACAAGCUACUCGAUCACUACAAUGUCCUCGAACGACCGGUUGCCAAUGAAUCCGACCCGCUGCAACUUAGCUUUGGACUCACCCUCAUGCAAAUCAUCGACGUGGACGAGAAAAAUCAACUACUCAUCACGAACAUAUGGUUGAAAUUGGAAUGGAACGACAUGAACCUACGGUGGAAUUCGUCCGAAUACGGCGGCGUGAAAGACUUGAGGAUCCCUCCCCAUCGUCUUUGGAAACCCGACGUCCUCAUGUACAACAGUGCCGACGAGGGAUUUGAUGGUACGUAUCCCACCAACGUCGUCGUUAGGAACAACGGAAGCUGCAUGUAUGUUCCUCCUGGGAUAUUCAAAAGCACCUGCAAGAUUGACAUCACGUGGUUCCCUUUCGACGACCAGAGAUGUGAGAUGAAGUUCGGCAGUUGGACCUAUGAUGGAUUACAGCUGGACCUGCAGCUGCAGGAUGAGGGCGGUGGGGACAUCAGCAGCUUCAUAACAAACGGGGAGUGGGAUUUGCUGGGCGUUCCUGGGAAGCGGAACGAGAUCUACUACAACUGCUGCCCCGAACCGUACAUCGACAUCACGUUCGUCAUCAUAAUACGACGGAGAACGUUGUAUUACUUCUUCAACCUGAUAGUUCCGUGCGUCCUAAUCGCUUCCAUGGCCGUCUUAGGGUUUACACUGCCGCCGGAUUCUGGAGAGAAGCUUUCAUUAGGUGUCACCAUCCUCUUAUCGCUGACCGUGUUCUUAAAUAUGGUUGCCGAAACGAUGCCAGCAACUUCGGAUGCCGUCCCUCUCUUGGGAACCUACUUCAAUUGCAUCAUGUUCAUGGUGGCCUCGAGCGUUGUCUCCACGAUUCUCAUACUCAACUACCACCAUCGGAACGCAGACACUCACGAGAUGUCAUCAUGGGUGAAAGUCGUCUUCCUCUACUGGCUCCCGUGGGUCCUGCGAAUGCAACGGCCCACGUCGACCCCCCAAAAACCCAACUGCGAUUGCUCAACGCCACAAAGUAGCAGCAGCAGACCCGCGUCUGUUGGCGCCGAUCGCAAACAACUCCAAUUUCAAGACGUUGAGCUUAAGGAACGAUCGUCAAAAAGUUUAUUAGCCAACGUUUUGGAUAUUGAUGACGACUUUAGACACAAUCAUCGCGGUGCUAGCACACCCACCCCUAUCCCUGCGGCAGCAUUUUUCAGAACUGUGUAUAGACCGAAUGAAGAUAAUGGUAACGGGGGAGCACGUUUGCAUGAAUCAUUGGUGUCAAACCACGCGUGUUUCAGUGCGGAUUACGAAUUGGCGUUGAUCCUAAAAGAGAUCCGUUUUAUAACGGACCAAUUACGAAAGGAGGACGAGGCCGCGGAUAUCACCAGGGAUUGGAAGUUUGCCGCGAUGGUCGUUGACAGAUUGUGCCUUAUUAUUUUCACGUUGUUCACCAUCAUCGCCACGUUGGCGGUCCUGUUCUCCGCGCCGCACAUAAUCGUCUCGUAGCGUAUCCCGUCUGCUGAUUAAAAAGCAUCAGCUUAGGGACGAUAGGGCCGGAGGGCGGAGGCGCGCGAAGCGAUCCCCAGGGGGCCGAAGACCAGUGGUUUCACAACCGUUAUCAGCGUUUCGUUCGAACCGUUACACUAAACCCAGUUUGGAACGAACCUAAAAACGUUGUACAUUAAUGUUAAAAAUAAUUUAAAAAAAGAAAAAAAUAAAUUGGUCGCGGGGCGAAGCCUGAUCGAGAUGUGUUGAGCUUUUAAGCCGUUUCUAUUUUUGAUAGAGGCAUCGGGCGACGCCCCGUGUACCCCCUUAAACAAAAAGUUAAAUGAAACUCACUUCGAGUUGAAAUGUUAAAGUUAACGAUAACUCCUAGUCAUAUACUUGUUCGAGCGUUUGGAAACUACCGUUAAAAAUAUAUGUGUAUUGUGUUUUAAAAAUAAAAAAAAUCGCUGUGUAGUUUUGCACUAGGGCGCUUACUAAAAUUAACCUUAUAAACUAUGAGAUAUAAAGAAAAAAUAUUAAUGAACGUUCGUACAACAGGGUUUAUUGUAUUUAAUGAAACUAAUGAAACCAAAUGCAAAAAUAACGAGAAAACGAGAAAAACAUACCUAAAACAUAGAAUGAGCAGAACAGAGAAUUUGCCGCCAAAAUCUUACCUUUACGAUUAAGACAAACAUAUUAAAGCAUAAAAGGCCCCGAUAAAGUUUUCUGUUCUGAAUAUGCUGUGUCUAAACGUUAUUAAAAAUAGUGAGGAUUGUACAAUUACUAGACUAUAAGAACUAACGUAAUAACUUUAAGGGUGUAAUAAGGAACAUUUUGCAAAAACAUUGUUCUGAAAGAAUGUGGAAAAAUCAAGACGCCCCCUGAACAGAUUCAUUUGACCAUAGUUUAGUUGACGGUCUCAGUUUUUUAGUGUAACGUUCAUUAGGGUAUUGACACAAUCAUACUGUGAUAAAAUCAAGUUAAAUGUUGAGUUGUCAGGCUGGUGUCUCAAGCAGCCGGACUUUGUUCGAAAUGAAAAAAAAAAAAUAAAAGCUUUAGCGGCAGAUCGCCUGCUAUUUCGCAUUGUUAAUAUUUUAUAAAAAACGACGUGUAGAAUUUAUACUUUUAUGUUCCACUUACUACAAAAAAAAAAAUGAAUAAUAUAUAUUGUACGAAUUCGUUAAAAUAAAAACUCGGAAUCAAAUAAAUCCAAAGUUAAAAAAUUAAAAAAAAAGAAAAUGAAGAAAUUUUUCGAAUAAAUUAGCUGCUAACGUAGUGUGUAACUUUCACUUAAAAAAAUGAAUUUCUUAUAUACUGUAAAUACUAAAUUCUAUAAUGUUAGUUGAUAAUAAUAAUACUAAUAAUAAUAAUGAUAAAUACUAAUAACGAGAAUAAUAAUCAAUAAUUUGUUAAUAAUCCUGGGAUUUAGACUUCUUUGGAUGUCGCCCCUUUUUAAAAUCUCUCCUUCUUACUUCCUAUACGGAACAGGGGCCAAUUUCAAUAACUAAAACGACAAGAAUAAAAGAAAAAACUUACUUUCACUAAAUAAAAAAUAAAAUCCCAGCGAUGCUAACAAAUUAAAUUAGUUAAAAACGAUGCCCGUUAUCAAAAAACAAAAAAAAAAUGGCGACAUAUCUUCGGACUUCAUUAUUGUCAACAAGUCUUUCAAGCGAUUUAAAAAAAAAAACGUAAAAAUAAAAAUGAGAAGAGCCGAUUAAAAA